UUUUGGCUUAGGGUUUUCUCACUAAACUGAUCCUUCUACUAAUCAAACACAAUGGGAAGAAGGGUUAUGAAGCUGCUGCACCGUCACUAACCAUUUUCAUCUCUAAGCUUUAGUUGGAUUCGUCUACUAGGCUGUGUUUGCGUUUGGUUUUGCCAUUGGUUCACGGAAAUGGAACACAAAUCAAAAAUCGGUGGCGAGAGUUUGAGAAAUAGAGAUGCUGUGAAAGAGGACAGGCUCAGUGUAUUACCUGAUGAUUUGCUUCUGAGAAUAUUAUCUCCGCUUCGAACAGAAGAUGCGAUAUACACGAGCUUUUUGUCUAAACGCUGGAGAUAUCUCUGUAAGAUGGUACCAAAUCUCAAGUUCGACUCUUAUUACUCCUACGCAUUUUCGGAGCACGUUUACAAGUCUCUGGCGUUACACAAAGCUCCCUUCCUCGAGAGUCUGCACGUGAAAAUUCGACACGAAAGCGACGCGUCCGAUGUUGGAAUAUGGAUCGGAGCUGCGUUGGCGCGUAACGUGCGUAGACUGAUACUCAGCGUUACGUUUAUCAACGAGGUGGUCAGAUUCCCGAGCGUUUUGUUUAGCUGGAACGACACGCUCGUGUUCUUGAAACUCAAACAUUGCAUUGUUCUAAACUUUCCUUCUAGGGUUUGCUUGGUGUCUCUUAGGAAUCUGCACCUUUACUUCGUGAUGUUCCGUGACGAAGAAUCUGUUUGCAACCUUUUGAGUGGUUGCCCUAGGCUUGAAGAUCUGGUCGUGUACCGAGGAAGCGCUGUAGAUGUGGUGACUUUCACUAUUGAUGUGCCGUCGUUACAAAGACUGACCAUGGCAGAGGAUAGCCCGGAGGAAAGAGACGGAGGAGGCUAUGUGAUAAACGCUCCUUCUUUGAGAUACUUAGACGUUUCAGGGUUCGUUGGUCGUGAGGUUUUUCUGAUUGAGAAUUUGCCAGAGCUGGUGGAGGCAAACGUUGUUGACGUUUACGAUAUAGCCAAUGAGAACAUUAUGGCGUCUCUUACUUCUGCCACACGGCUUUGCUUACGCUUAUCACCCUUACAGAUCAAGUAUCCUACUGGUAGUAUCUUUUGUCAGCUGGUAUCUUUGGAGUUAUGUACAGGUAAAAAAGAGUGGUGGAAUCUACUUGCGCGCAUGCUCGAUAGUUCUCCUAAACUGCAAAUCCUCAAGCUGGUCCCUGCGUAUUAUUUAAGGGAUGUAGAUCGUCCUGUGAGUGGAAAAUGGAACCAACCUAAAUGUGUACCAGAAUGUUUGUUGUUGCAUCUUGAGACAUUUGUGUGGAAAAGAUUCAAAUGGCAACGAGAAGAUGAGAAGGAAUUGGCUACAUACAUUCUACAAAACUCGAUAUGUUUGAAGAAAGCAGUUUUCUCCACAAAACCCAUCAACCCGGAAAAACUGGAAAAGUUGGGAAAGAGACGUGAGGUGAUCAACGAGUUGACUUGUGUUGUCAGGGCUUCUUCAAAUUCAUGUCACCUAGUAUUCAAAUCCGAGUGAUCAUCUCUUGAACUUUUACUAUGCUGUUUUGGCCACUAGAAUCUUUCAUUUUGAGAAAAAAAAUAUUCAGAUAUAUUUUAAAGAGUAGGAGGUGUGGAAAAGAAAAACUAAGAUGGGAGUGAGAAAUUAUUUAGUUUUCUGAUGAAUGUUGA